CAAGCAAUGGUGGUGUGUGCUCAAUGUAAUCCAGAGGGUAAUGGAUUGGGUGUCACUGUUUCUUUGUUGUAAGCCAGUAGGAUAACUGUAGAGGUGGAAAGCAGAGCGGUCUUUUCUCAGGGUAAUCACCUGCCUGAUGAGUCAUGUACAAUGCGAGAGCAUGGCCAACAGCAGGAUUACAGUAUUGGCUAUUUUCAUCUGUAUCACCACUGUCUCCUUCUGAAGACAGGCCACACAGUUGAUUCUUGCUGUUUGUUUCAAUGACGCCGAGGUAGGACAUUGAUGCAUGGGGGGCUGGCAGCAGUCCAUCAACCUGGGUGAUGUUUACCAUCAUUUGUGUAAACUGCCCGCACCGGCUGCAUGCUGGUGAUUAGUCUCAGAGGUGGCAAGAAGAGCGAGGUGUGUGUGUGUGUGUGUGUUCGCGCCGAUGCCAGCGACGGCUUCUCUCGGGACUCUGUCUUUGUUGACAGCCAGCUGUGACAUAUCCCCAGGAUUAUUGGCUCUGUCGACAUGGUGCCAUUGGCCUCCUAAAAUAGAGAGAAAGCCACACUCAAGAAAACAAAACCACGGGCGCGUGCCACCUCAGGCUCAGAGGACGACUGGAUCUGCCCCACAGAGCAGCCAGACGUUUAGCCAGCCAGCCAGCCAGUUACAUAGACAGUCAGCCUAACCAGCCUCACAGUCAAUCAGUCAGCCAGCCAGCUAGCCACCAACUAGCCAGUGUACAGAGUUGUGUAGCGUGGAGCUAAAGGUGUGACUGAGAAAAGGGGGAGAGGACACCAUGGCUGUGAGCAGCCCCGAAGACAUGCCGAGGCAGUUCCCCAAGAUCACCUUGAGCGAGGUGGACGAGGAAGUGCGCCUGCUGGCUGAGAAGGUGUACGCCUCGGCCCUGAAGGAAGAGGACACCAAGGAUGCCCUGUCCAUGUUCACCGUGCCCGACGACUGCCCCAUCAGCCUGCACCAGGCUCAGGAGAGGGAGCUGCUGAAGGAGCUGGCGGAGCAGCAGUCUGAGGAGAGCACCAAGAGGAAGAAGAGCUUGAUGAUGAUUCGCUCCCAGUCCAUGCAGAUCCCCGUGAGUGCUGAGUGGACGCGGGCGGUGGCGACCCCCUUCCUCUCUCCCUCCUCCUCCACCUGCUCCUCCCUCCCAGAGAGCUGCCCCGAGUACCAGAGGGUUACCAUUAGUGGGGACUACUGUGCCGGGAUCACAGUGGAGGACUACGAGCAAGCAGCCAAGAGCUUGCUGAAAGCUCUGGUCAUCAGGGAGAAGUACUCCAGGCUGGCCUAUCACCGCUUCUGCCGAACCACCGCCCAGUUCCUCCGCAACGCCGAGAACGAGAAGUGGAGGGAGGAGGAUGAGGUGCGGCCAGAUGUGUGCCACUGUCCCAGAGAGGGUGAGGACCCCUACAGCAUGGAGAACCUCCCGGAAAACCUGCGCUAUGAGCUGAAGAUGAAGGAUGGGAUCGUGUACGUGUACGAUAGCGCUGAGGCCCUCCGUGAGAACAGGCCUCGCAGCCUGCCCUACCCAGACCUGGAGACCUUCUCCAUCGACCUCAGCCACGUCCUGGCCAUGAUCGUUGAUGGGCCCACGAAGACCUAUUGUCACAGACGGCUGAACUUCCUGGGAUCAAAGUUCUACCUGCACGAGAUGCUGAAUGAGAUGGCAGAGCUGAAGGAGCUAAAGAGCGUGCCACACAGAGAUUUCUACAACGUCAGGAAGGUGGACACUCACAUUCACGCAGCGGCCUGCAUGUCCCAAAAGCACCUGCUCAACUUCAUCCAGACCACCUACAAGACGGAGGCGGAGCGGGUGGUGCUGGAGAAGGCAGGGAGGAAGCUCACCCUCCGACAGGUGUUCCACAACCUCAACAUGGACCCGUACGACCUCACCGUGGACUCCCUGGACGUGCACGCUGGGAGACAAACGUUUCAUCGGUUUGACAAGUUCAACUCCAAGUACAACCCAGUGGGGGCUAGCGAACUCAGGGAAAUCUACCUGAAGACAGACAACCUCAUCCACGGAGAGUACUUUGCACGCAUCAUCAAGGAAGUGGCUCGUGACCUGGAGGACAGCAAGUACCAGCACGCAGAGCCACGCCUGUCCAUCUACGGACGCUCUCAGGACGAGUGGGACAGCCUGGCCAAGUGGUUCAUCCUGCACAAAGUGCACUCGCCCAACCUGCAGUGGAUCAUCCAAGUGCCGAGGAUCUAUGACAUUUUCAAGUCCAGAAAGUUGGUCCCCAACUUUGCCAAGAUGCUGGAGAACAUAUUCCUCCCUUUGUUCGAGGCUACGGUCAACCCGCGGAAACACAAAGAGCUCCACGUCUUUCUCAAAUAUGUGACGGGCUUCGACAGCGUGGACGACGAGUCCAAGCACAGUGACCACAUGUUCUCUUACAAGAGCCCCAAACCUGAGCAGUGGACCACGGACGACAACCCGCCCUACAGCUACUACAUCUUCCACAUGUACGCCAACAUCAUGGUGCUCAACAAUCUCAGGAAAGAGCGAGGUCUGAGCACGUUCCAGUUCCGUCCUCACUGUGGCGAGGCUGGUUCCAUCACACACCUGGUCUCUGCCUUCCUCACAUCAGACAACAUCUCCCACGGACUCAACCUGAAGAAGAGUCCAGUGCUGCAGUACCUGUACUACCUGGCCCAGGUGCCCAUCGCCAUGUCUCCCCUCAGCAACAACAGCCUCUUCCUGGAGUACUCCAAGAACCCCCUCCGAGAGUUCCUGCACAAGGGCUUGUGUGUCUCCCUCUCCACUGACGACCCCAUGCAGUUCCACUACACCAAGGAGGCGCUGAUGGAGGAGUAUGCCAUAGCAGCCCAGCUGUGGAAGCUGAGCACCUGUGAUGUGUGUGAGAUAGCCAGGAACAGCGUGCUGCAGAGUGGCCUGUCCCACCAGGAGAAGAAGCACUUCCUGGGUGCGAGCUACCUGAAGGACGGGCCUGAGGGGAAUGACAUCCGGCGGACCAACGUGGCUCAGAUCCGCAUGGCGUACCGCCACGAGACGCUGUGCAACGAACUCAGUUUCCUAGUGGACGCUGUGAAGUCUGAGGCUGUCAGCAUGCAGCCAGUCUGACCGCAAGAUGGACCUCCAUCUUGACCAGCCUGGGUCUCAAAGCACGGAAGCCGAUAUUCACCAAAUGAUGUUUCUCGCACGGAUGGAUCAUUACAAACACAAUCUCACCCUUUCAAAGGCUAUCAUUUGUCUUACUGCAUGUAUGUUGUUCCAAAGAAAACACAAGAAAAGCAAUUCUAGUCAACAAAGUCCUGUCCUUACAGUACAUCUAGGAACAUUUGUGUUCUGUUAUGCAAUGCUUUGUUUUUUUCCAAGAGGGAGUUCUGGGGUAGGAAACAUUGUCCGUCUGUCUGCAAGUCCGCCUCACUGUCAGGCUUCUGCUGGGCGGUCCCAGCUGUUGAGAGAGCCUGACAGUGUUUAUCUGAGGGACUGGAACCCGGCUCUGGCAGUGAUGAAUGAAGUCUGGUUUGGUUCCACUGUCUCUCCUCUGAUUGGAUGGGACGUCAGAGGCUGUUUGGAGGCUACAGUGAGCGCAGUCAGAAACAUGUAAAGACCGUGUAACAGUCAGGCAUGACAGAUGGGCAAUGUUUUGUUUGAAUCUCCAUAUAACAUGUAUCGAUUUCUAUUUGUAUGAUCAUGCAAGAUUUCACGCUCAUGCACUGUUGUUUCGUUUUUGGUUGUUGCUGUAAGACAUGACACUAAAAACAUUUGUGAGUUUAGUCUAGUACACUCCAUGUACAAACAUGCCUUCUCCUUGUUCUUCUUCUUUGCGCAUUACUGGAUGACCCGAGGCUACAAUAAACUGACCCUUUUCAGCA